AACGUCGACCUUGGUUCCCGGAGGAACGAAACAUAUUUCAAGUGAUCGUCACAGUUACAUCUGCAGACUCGGCGCAAUGAAGAAGCUCGCGGUGCCGAUCUAUCAGUAUUUAGCGAUGAUGUCAGGCACGCUGAGUAUCGUAUCGAGCGGGAUGCACUACGGGUGGACCUCGCCCUCUCUUCCGCAGCUGGAGCACGCCAACUCCUCGCUGCCGGUGACCAAGGAGGAGGGCUCGUGGAUGGCCGUGACGCCGCUGGCCGGCGCGACCGUUGGGGCGAUUUUGAGCGGGUUUGUUCUGGACGUAAUCGGGCGGAAGAGGGGGGUAUUGUUAACGGCACUGCCUUUCUUCGGGUCGUGGCUCAUGGUGGCGUACGCGAAAUCGGUCGCGGUUCUGCUGGCGGCGAGAUUCGUGGCGGGUAUCGCCGACGGUUGCGCCUUUUGCUCCGUGCCGAUGUACUUGGGCGAAAUCGCCGACGCCAAGAUCAGGGGGUUGCUAGUGUCGAGCUGCUCGAUCAUGUGGAUCUUUGGAAUGUUGCUGAUUAACAUUAUCGGGGCGUACACCAGCAUUAAGGUCGCCGCACUCAUAUCUUCGGUUUUCCCCGUGGUUCUCGCGGCGACGUUCGUGUGGAUGCCCGAAAGCCCUUACUAUCUAAUCAUCAAGGGGCGAUUAGACGAAGCCAGGCGGAGUUUGAGAAUCUUCAAGGGAGUCUAUGAGGUGGAUGAUGAACUGGCGAGACUCUCCGUCGCGGUCAAGAUGCAGAACAGCAACACCGGGAAGUUCUUGGAUCUCUUCACCGUGAGCAGCAAUAGGAAAGCCGUCUUUGUGAUUAUGGGAAUGCGUGGUUUUCAGCAGUGCAGUGGAGUGUUAGCGAUCACUUUCUACGCGAAGAGUAUCUUCCAAAGUGCCAGCAGCGAUCUUUCGUCGUCUACAUCCGCCAUUAUUUACUUUGCGGCCCAAUUAAUCGUGGCGUCUACGUCUACACUAAUAAUGGAUCGCACUGGACGACGACCCCUGCUGAUCGUCUCCUCAAUUGGAGCCGCGUUCGCCUUGCUCAUCGAAGGUCUGUACUUCUACCUAAAAACCCAUCAUCCCGUCCUGAAGAAUUCCCCCUACUCCUACAUUUCGGUCGCGGCCCUCAUCGGAUACAUCGUUUUGUUCGGAAUCGGCAUGCAGACCAUUCCGAUCCUUUUGCUGGGCGAACUCUUUCCCACCAACGUCAAGGCGUUCGCGUUGGGACUUGCGGACAUCUACUUCAGCAUAGUCGCCACCAUAGUCUCGAAGUUCUUCCAAGUGAUGAGGGACAAUUACGGCAUGCACGUGCCGUUCUUCGCGUUUACGGGGUGCUGCGCCCUCGGUGCCCUGUUUGUAAUAUUCUUUGUGCCCGAAACAAAAGGGAAGACCUUGGAGGAGAUACACGAAGAGUUUAAGGGCGAGGAACAACACAAGGACACGUUCAAGUACUUUCCCGAAGAAUAAAUUUAGUAGACCAUGUUAAGUGAUUGUAAUUAAUUGAAUUUAAUUAUGUUGAUCUGUUUA